AUGAAGAGAGAUGUCAAUAAGUGCGAUUUGGUGGUCGGAGAUAACACUGGUGCCAUGGUUAUUACACUUUUGGAAGAGAACAUCGACAAAGUUAGCGUUGAUAAUUCAUGUUGCUUUCAUUUAGUGACUGUGAAGAGUCUCUACAGGAAACAACUGAACUCUAGCAGGGCAAGUACGAUCAGUAAGAGUGACGAUGUUGUAAUUUCGGACAAAUUGAGUGAUAUCGUCAGAGGGUUGAUGGCUAAUGAUGUGAGUAAUGAAAGUGUAAUUGGACGUUUUUUGGCCAUAAGUAUUGAAGAGGUUGUACACUUGCAUAAAUGUACGUCAAAAAUUGUACAUAUUCCAGGGCAAUCUAUUUUUAAAUGUUCGAAGUAUGCGUUGGCCAUAAAAAAAGGCAGAUGUGGCUUCAAGUACUGCAAGCAAUAUUGUAAUUAAAGAUGAUGGGAAUAACAUCGGCAGGUUUUAUUGUCCAAAUGCUGUAAUGCAAUCUUUCUUUGCAAAACUUUCAGACAUGCAAUUAUUUAGCAUCGAAGAAGCUGCUCUGGCUGAACUAUCUGUAGAAAUGAUGGAAGAAAUAAUGCUAAAUUUGAAAAACGUGAAAAUCGAAAUUGUUGCGGAAGACAAUGUUAUUAAAGAAAUUGCUUGAUGAGGGAAAGAACGUUCUUUUGGAAAAGGCUGUUGUCCAUUUUAGAAAACAAAUGGAGUGUUUUUAUUACUCAAUUUCCCAGUUGGUGUGCAGCAUGGCUAAGUAGGGAGGUUAGGCAAAGGUUUGCUUUAAUUUAGAUAUUGUCAAUUUUUUUAAUAUUGAUUUUGUUAAUUUUUUUAUGGUAGUGUGACCGGUUUUACCUUUUUUUUUCUGUUUCGUUCAUUCCUCAUUACCUCUAACUUGUAUUUCAUUGAAUUGCAUUGAUUUACGUUGUGUUGCAUUGUAUUUUUUCCCAGAUUCAAGUAAACAGAGGCAAAAACUCAGGACCCAAAUGUCUCGUGAGAAGGAGUUGUUGGAAAAAGUUGUCACGAGCUAUAAUGAACUGGUUGAUGAAAACAACAAAAUAACGACUGAGAGUAUCCAGAAGGGUGAUUUCCCAUAGGAUAAACCUGAUUUUCCUUGCUGUGACGGCAGUUAGUACUCCUACACUUUGUUGCCUAAAUAGAUUGUGGUGUUGUAGAAAUCUGCCUUGGGGCUUUCAUAAGUCAUUUUUAACAUUGAACUUCUCUCCUCGUUUUGGAAUCUCUUCCUGUUUUGAUAAUUCGCUGGUACUUUUCUUACCUAUAUCCGGCAACCUAAACAACCACCAAUAAUAACUUUCAUUAAUCAGUUCCAGUAGGUACAAAGAGAUCUUUGGUCGACAAGCAGAUGGAAGUCGAGCACUUCGGAGAGGAGCUCAAAGUUUUAAGGAGAUGAAUGGUUAUAUGUCUUUCUAUAAGGAUACUAUUUUGUCCUCAAUUCAACAGAAGAAAGCAGAAUUCCAGGCUUCAUUGUCAGGUAGCUCAUUAAGCGUCAACUAAAUUUAACUUAACUCUUGUCAAACCUAUAGGGUAGUCUAGGAAGAAAUAGAUAGAUGCAUAUCUAAACGUUAUGCUUGUUUUUUGGGUAUGCCAUAUUGUUUUACCUGUGCAUAUGCUGCACUAUUUUCUCCUAUAGGUUCAAACACCCAGAUGUUGACAUUGAGAGUGGCAUGAUGGAAAUUGAAGACAGUGAUCGAGUCUGUAAGAAUCCAUUAUUUUUGUUUGCCAGUUUUGGGUACAUUGUAAAAUAGAUCAGUAACACUGAAGCAUUGUUGUCAGUUAAGUGAUUUUGACACACCUUCCUUUCAUCGAAAUAUACACCAAUUCAAAGCGUAGUUAUUGUCAGUUAAUGUACACGUUUCCAAGAAAAAUGCUGCUGAAAUUGCAGUUCUUACGAAUUUUCCUUUUUCCUUUUCAUAGUACUUGUGCUUAUUUUGAUGUAUCUUUGCAUUCAUACUAUCUGUUUUUGAUGACUCUAGCCAUUAAAUUGGACUUUUCUCUAAAGUAGGCUGACCUUUUCGAAAUAUUACAAUGGUAACAUUUACCAUUGUAGGGAACAAGAGAACUACUGUCCAUGAAAGUAGUGGAGUCUUGGCUACACCAUGCUGAUGAGACCCAAUAGCCCGAAAUAGCAGGCAGGUUUUUUUAUUCAUCAAUUUGUUCAUCAUUUGUUGGCUUUUACGUCCAUGUGAAUAGGUAACUAAAGGAAAAAUAUCCCUGCUUCAGCAAGGAAGGCAAUUUUCCCCCACACAGAUUGCAGCAGGUCUUGCCUCAUUUGCCUCCGUUCUAUCAGACGAGAUGGAUUCCUUUCAUACUCUGGUUGCUGAGACUAAGGGUGGAGAAGAUCCAGACAAGGAACCAGAGCUAAAGGAUCAGUCAGGGACAGAAGAGAUGACGACGAGGAGGAUGAUUAAGAAGCAAGAGAAGACGUGA